CAGAGCGCUCCUCCUCCUCCUCCGGAUGGCAGCAGCACACCAGCCCGAGGAGGAGGAGGACCGUGCCGCACCCUUUCUGCUCCUCCAGCAGCAGAUCACUCCGCACAGGUAACAACCGCUCAAACUACCGGAAGCAGCGGAGGAGUCUGAACUCAGGUGGAGGUGGUGGACCAACAAGUUAGUGGGAGGAAAAGAAAAGAAAGUCCUGGAAUGGAGCCUCGACACCAACCGAGCAAAUAACUUUUUCUUUAAACUUUUGUUGCGUAUUUCUGGUGAAAGGUGUCUCCAGGUGUCUCCAGGUGUCUCCAGGUGCGACACGUUGUUCCUCAGCUCGACGCGGAUCCUGGUUUACCUGAUAAACGAGUUCACACACGCGAGAGAAAAAGACUGAAGAGCAGCGGGUCCAGACAGCCGUACAGACCUCCAGUCCUCACCUGUCCAGCUGAUGGCAUGCCGAUUUCCAUCCCACCAGAGAGGCGGAGUCUGAAUGACGCCCUAGACCGUUCCCUCUGCUUCCUGUCUGCAGCGCCGCUCUCAUCUCCGUCCUCUCCAGCUCUCCUCUGAUUCUACAUCCAACGGAUACGUCGCCAUGGAUACAGACACCGACAUCUCGGAAAAUUGCUACACCAGUCGUAAUGUCAGCUUCUUUUACAAUAACAGCGGCAAGGUCAUCAGCGACCACUGGCGCCGCCGGGACUAUCUGAUCGUCGUUCUGGGCAUGACGGUCUGCUUCAUCGUCAUCUUUUCCAACCUUUUGGUCAUCGGUUCCAUUUUAAAGAACCGACGCUUUCACUUCCCCAUCUAUUACCUGUUGGGUAACCUGGCUCUGGCUGACCUCUUCUCAGGUGUCUCCUACCUCCACUUGAUGUUCCAUACCGGUCCCUGGACCAGUAAGCUGACUAAGUACCGCUGGUUUGUGCGUCAGGGGCUGAUCGACACCAGCCUGACCGCCUCGGUCCUCAACCUGCUGGCCGUGGCCGUGGAGCGCCACCAGACCAUCUUCCAAAUGCAGCUGCAUAGUAAGAUGAGCACGCGGCGCGUCUUCGUCAUCAUGGUGUUCAUCUGGCUGGUGGCCAUCAUCAUGGGCCUGGUUCCCACCAUGGGCUGGCACUGCCUGUGCGACCUGAAAAACUGCUCCACCAUGGCGCCAAUGUACAGCCGCAGCUACCUGGUGUUCUGGGCCCUCCUCAACCUGCUGACCUUCUCCAUCAUGGUGGCCGUCUACACCCGCAUCUUUAUCUAUGUGAGGCACAAGAGCAAGCAGAUGUCUCAGCACACCACCCAGAUGAGACACCGAGAGACGGUGUUGAACCUGAUGAAGACCGUCUCCAUGAUCCUGGGCUUUUUCGUGAUCUGCUGGACGCCCGGCCUGGUCGUGCUGCUGCUCGAUGGUCUGGGCUGCGAAAAGUGUAAGGUGCUGCGCUACGAGAAGUACUUUCUGGUGCUGGCCGAGUGCAACUCCUUCGUCAACCCCAUCAUCUACUCGUUCAGGGACAAGGACAUGAGGAAGACCUUCAGGGAGAUCCUGUGCUUCCUGUGCCGGCGGGGCAAUGACAGGAGCAGCUCCGGCGUUUACUUUAACACCCUGGAGCAAGAGAACUAUAGAUCUCGCUGUGCCGAGCCGGCCGAGAGGAGCAACGGGUCGCCUCUCAUUUGCAGCUCAGCAGACAUCCCUGCUUCGUCAGAAACCUGAACUCAGACAAAGACUGAAGACAUGCAGACAGACUGAUCUGUGUAUGCUCGCGUAAACAAGCCUUCAGACCCGCGCUUCCUGUCGGGACAAGGUCAAAAACUGUUCAAUCAAACUGGAUCUAUACCUGUGCUGCCGUCAGACAAAAGAAGAACUCAUUCACUUCUAAUAUCAGCUGGACGUCUCUUCUAAUUAAAACAGAAGCAAGAGGCUCGUUGGCGCCGCGUCAUCGACCUUCAGCAGAAGACCAGAGGCGAACCCUUUGUUACCGGGCCAUUCAGACGACAUGGAGCAUUGGAGAGCUCACUUCCUGUUGAGACACAAAUGAAACGCCAGUUCUCGGUGGCAGAAGAAUCAGCACUGACGGCCGCUGAACAACCAGAAGAAAUGAGUGAAAGCAGAAAUAUCAGCUCAAGUUAUAGAAGUAAAAAGGGUUUAAGUCAUUUCCUCAUGAUGGAUUCAUGUGUGUGUCAGUUUAUUAGGUACACUGAGCUAAAAGUAAUGCAAUCUAAUUAGGGCUGUCAAUUAAUUUGAAUAUUUAAUCGUGAUUAAUUAAAAAUUAAUCACAUUUAUUUGUUCAAAAUU